UGACCGUCCGAUCCUUGCGCGAGCCAUUAUGAAGCGUCGAAAACAAUCACCACACGCUAUACGAUGGACGGACCCGUUGACUCUCUCCGUGAUCCCCUAACCCUAACUCCCCACUGCCCCCGUUCGGAUUCGAUCGAACCCUCGACGACGACGACGACGAAGCGCCCUCUCAUGGAUCCCAUGCUGUGGCACAAGGUCGCCGCCGUAUCCGGUGUGGCGGCGCUUGGAUUGGGCACCUACGGAGCUCACGUUUUCCGUCCGAAGAAUGCUUCGUACAAGGAGGUUUGGCAAACCGCUUCUCUCUACCAUUUGGUUCACACGGCCGCCUUGGUUGGAGCUCCAUUCACGAAACGCCCUCACAUUUUUGGGGGUCUUCUUACGGCUGGAAUUUUGGCAUUCUCUGGAACGUGCUAUACUGUGGCUUAUCUUGAAGACAGAAAGUAUGCAUUGCCAGCACCAUUUGGUGGCUUUGCAUUUAUUGCUGGCUGGGCCAGCCUCCUCUUCUAAUAGAUGUGUACAACACAACACUGUAUAUUAAAACAAUCGCUAUUUGUGAUGUUCUAUCUUGUUAUCUGCUGCACAUAAUAAAAAAUUCGCCAAGUUCGAUAGUCAAUACCUGGGAGUUCUUGCUUAUGUUCUUUCUUAUCUGUCUACGGUCAUUUCAUCUCUUGGUGAUUGUCCAUUAUGUAUUUGUUAAUCCACAUUCAUUAAAAUUAA